UCUCCCCCUGCUGUCAGAAAGCCGAAGCUGCUGUCAGUCACCUAAAUAUUUACAUUUUAAUUUGUAUUUUAACUCUUUAUUUUCUAUUUAUUGUAAAAAAUGGUUGAUUCAACCGAACAUGACGACUUGCUUUUUGCCAUGUUGAAGGAGUGCAAGACCUUGCCCAUAUUUCUGAACCACAUAUUUGGUUUUUUAAACCGAAGAACUGAUUUUUACCACAUUGCGACUGACCCGAACUGUCCCGUGGGGCUCCCCCCGGGUCUAGCAGAGCAGACAGUCAAGCAGAUAUUUUACAAGUGGAAGCCAGACGACAAAACCGUCGAAAAACCCCCAACUCCCCCUGACACGCCUUCGGCCUCCAAACCAAAAAAGCAGCCCCCUGACCCCAAAUUCACGCCGUCAGACUCGUACAACGGGGCCACGUAUGAGCACUACAGCUGGUCGCAGACCUUGCUAGAAGUGGACGUGGUCGCCAAAAUUCCCGAAAACACAACAGCCAAAGACUUGUCCGUGAAAAUCGCAACGGAUCGGAUUGAAGUGAAAUUAAAGGACGGGACGGUGGUCCUCGAAGGCGAGUUGUGCGAGAAAUGUAAACACAACGACGCGAUUUGGUCGCUGGAGAGAAACAAACUUUGUAUCCACUUGGAUAAAAGCAGGGAGGUUUGGUGGAAUUGCCUGGUCAAGAGCGAGCCAAAGCUUGAUAUAAGCUCGUUGGACUGCUCGAGGCCCUACGAGGAACUGUCCGAGGAGGCGCAAGCCAAAAUUGAAGAGCUGCAAUGGAACCAGGAACGCAAAAGACUGGGUUUGCCCACCUCUGAUGAGUUACAAAUGCAAGACAUUCUGAAACGGUCGUGGAACUGCGAGGGCUCGCCCUUCAGUGGGCCCUACGACCCCAGCACGGUCAAAUUUAAUUAAACGAAUUUAUUUAUUUAUUAUAUUAAGUUAUACACUUAAAAUAUUGA